AUGUCCCCGGACAAGGAGAAGUUAGAAAAAUUCCUUCAGGCGAACAAGUCUGUCAAGUACAUCCGCCUCCAAUGGAUCGACUACUCUGGUGUGCCGCGGGCGCGCUUCGUCCCCAUCGCUCGUUCCCUCCGAAUCGCCAGUGGCGAAACCAUCUGCCUCGCCCAGAACAGUAUGCUUAUACCCAUUUCCACUGUCUCCCUCAGCGACUGCCACGAGACAUGGUUCCUACGCCCCGACUGGUCCUCUUUGCGUCUUUGCGGCUUUAAGGCCAACCAUGCGACCGCUAUGAGCUUCGUCGACCAAAAGGAUGCGGAGACGAGGUUUAACAAGUGUCCGCGUAUGCUGCUAGUCCAGGCUCUCGAACGACUUGGGACGCAAUGGGGUGCAAAGGUCCUGAUAGGCUUCGAGAUCGAGUUCGUGCUACUUGACGAAUCAGACAACGUUACUGAACCAUUAGAUCGACUAAAUGGCGACUCAACAACUGCUGGAUUGCGCGGAGAAACAUUGAACCUGAUGGAAGAGAUUGUUGAUGCCCUCGAGCAGUCCUCUAUCAACAUUCACCACUUCCACGCAGAAGUCCUUGAUCAGUUGGAGAUUGCUCUUACCCCCGAGCCAGCACUAGAAGCCGUUGAUUCUCUUAUUCUAGCCCAAGAAGCUAUUCGUACGAUAUGGGUGCGUCGAAAUCUCAGGGCGACCAUGACACCGAAACCGACAUUGUCUGGACCGUCAAACGGCCUACACCUCCAUCUUUCCCUCAAUAAUCUCGAAGGAGGGUCGACAGACAACUUUAUUGGUAUCCUCAACCACAUCUCCUCGCUUUGUGCCUUUGGAAUGGCAAACUACGAUAGCUACGUCCGCUCUACUAGCGAUGCUGCAGGGGCAUGGGUUGGAUUUGGUACCGAUAACCGCGACUUACCGGUGUGA